UUUUCCUCCCCUGACUAAAACAAGAAACAUCACUCUCACUCGGCUCCCUGGCGUUACACAUCAUUCUUAUUCUACGUGUGUGAAUAUACUUGCAUGCGUCCAUCAUGCGACUGGCAGUGUCUUUAUUCCUCCUGGUGCAGGUUCAGUGGUCAGUAAGUGAAAGCGUUGGCACUAAAGGAAGUGGGCGGGCAUUGGCAUCACCUGUCCCGGGCAUGAUGAUGCCUCAGUUGGUUGCUCUAGACGUGAAAUGUGCUCGCUCUGGCAUGACCGUCCAUAUUGAGUUUGACCGUGUGUUCUCCGGUGUAAUUUACUCCAAAGGUCAUUUCUAUGACCCUGCCUGCAACUAUAUCACAGUCAAGAACUCCGGUAGUCAGAAAUAUUCGUUCAACGUUCCCAUAGACAACUGUGGUACAUCAGGGCAGCUAGACAUGGCCACACCUGACCGAGACAUGUACUUCGAGAAUACCAUCAUCAUCCAGAAUGAUGCCCUCAUUCAAGAGGUUUGGGACACAGCCCGGGCUAUUCGUUGCACGUGGCAACACACCAUUCAGAAGAGUGUUGAUUUCUUGCCAUUCAAAGUGUAUGAACCUCUCAAAGUACCUGUACAGCUUGAUGCUCGGUCAGUAAACACACUGAUGGAUAUUCAACAUGGAUCGGGACCUUUUGAGAGUCCUGCAACUGGCUAUGUCUACAUGGGUGAUGAUACCUCUGUUGUUAUUUAUAUCCAAGAUCCUUCACAAAAGAUGGAUGCAAAUGUCAUUUCAUGCAACGCAAGCUCUGCAGGAGGUGCAACAGUAGAACUGCUAGACUCCCAUGGUUGUGUGAAGCGACCUGAUCUCUUGACACAGUUUUCAAAGACGAGAGAUACCAAUGGUGUGGAAGCUGACCUUAUGCUGUAUUCUUACCUUAAGGCAUUCCGCAUUGGAGAGAGCCCAGAGUUUCUCAUUUCUUGCCAUCUUGAAGUAUGUGAAGGAGAAUGCUCUAAACCUUGUAGUAGUGGACCUUACCCCUCUAGGAAAAGACGUCAGCAGCCUUCCUCACCACCAACAAUCGUGGAGCUCCAGCGUGGGGUGGUUGUGGUCUCUAGAGAACAACUCACUGGUGGCGAGAUAUGCUGGGUAAAUUCUACCAUUCUUGUGGGAGUAACUGGAUUGCUUUGUGUUGUGCUUGCUCUCUCAACACUUUCAUGUUUUCUAGUGCACAAGAUCACUGUCCUUCGCAAACAGUUACAAGGUGCAGAGAGUGAAGUAACAUACUAAAGCCACAAGGUUGCCCCAGAAUACUACUGGAUUUCCUAGAAGGUAAAUACGAGGCUUGCCACCUGAGAAAUGCUGUCCCUAAAAUGCA